AUGGAGCUGCUCUCGGAUCCUCAAAGGAUUCGACUUUUCCAUGCUUUUCCUGGUACAAUAUAUCCCGGAACUUCUUGUUUUCCACAAUAUAAUUACAGUUUUAGUUCUCACUUGACAUUAUUAAGACCAACCCCACCAAGCCUUACAGGAAAUAAUAUAAAUUACCAUCCACCAUACUGUUCUUCUCCAUUUAAUGGUUAUUCCCUUUCUCAUAUCGCUAACAACGCAACAUUUCCUUCAUAUUUACGGACUCUACCUGUCUCACAAUCGGAAACAUUUCAAUCUCGAUUUCCCAUAACAUCCAGUCCCAACAGAGAAACUUUUUCUAGACUAUCCACGCCAAAAACGGUCAUUUCCGAAUCACUAUCGUCGACCAACUCUAGUAGGCCGUUCACCGCAUACCCGUUUCCUUGUCCACUUAUACCAUCACAGAAUAAAAACUAUUCUUCGACUGAGGCCUAUGAAGAAUUUAGGGAAAAAGUGCUUUCUCAGUUCAAAACAGUUUCCGCCAAGCGUAGAGGUAGAGCUUACGAAGAUGAUAAGAAAGAUUUGAAGAGGAGGAAGAACAACGAAGCGGCUAGGAAGUCUAGGGAAGCGAGGAGGGUCAUGGAGGAUGAAAUUGCCAUAAGGUGUGCGUUUCUUGAACGGGAAAAUGAUCAGAUAAGAGCUAAAUUGGUUGAUUUAGAGAUGGAAGCAAAAACGUUGGAACGACAGUUAUUAAAUAGAUAA